AUGCCCGAAAAGAUCAGUCGUUCGAAUUCACCUGAUCAAUCGGCCAGCACUGAACGACCUCAAUCACUGAACAAUACAAACUUUCCGUUUUAUUUCAAUCCAUCAAUGAAUAUGACUCAGUUAUUAUUAGAACAACAAAAAGUUGUUCUCGGACAACAACAGCAACAGUUUGAGCAACAGCAGCAGCAGCAGCAGCAGCAACAGAAUACAAAUGCACAAUCGUCGUUAUCAUCUAAUACAUCGGCUAUUAAUGGUAGAUUUUCUGUGGCCGCUCUAGCAGCAUCCGCCGAUGGUAGCACCUCACUGAAAUCGCCAUUCGCAAUUGCAUCCUUAACAUCGAAGGAUGACAUACAAAACAAAAGUGACGACCGGGAGCGGAGGUCAAUUUCAAACGAUCAAAGCAAUCUCCAGAUCUCUGUUAAAACCGAACAACCUCUGCAUUUGACAAUGCAUGAUUCAACGCCGUCCGUGUCGGAUGCACAAGAUCUGUCCACCUUAAGUGAACAGCAGUCACCGUGUUCAGCAAGUCCAGACGAGAACGGUAAACGAAAGCAACGUCGCUAUCGAACCACAUUCUCAGCCUAUCAGCUCGAUGAAUUGGAAAAGGUUUUCGCCCGAACACAUUAUCCAGACGUUUUCACGAGAGAGGAACUGGCGCAGCGUGUGAUACUGACGGAAGCACGAGUGCAGGUUUGGUUUCAAAAUCGACGUGCCAAAUGGCGUAAGCAAGAGCGUACAUCGAGUGUUCAUCCAUACUCACAUAGCGCUCAGCAUGUGCCUCAUGGAACUCAUCCUCUGGUUCAUGCAAAUCCAUAUGCACUCCUGGCUGCAGCCGCAGCUCAACAAAAUCCUGAGAGCAGUGAUGCAGCCGCCUUAAUGGCCGCAAUGACUAUGCAACACCAGGCAUUUGCGGAAAGCAUGAUGAAUCCAACGGCGGCUACACUCUUCAAUCCGUCGUUACUAACGGCUGCAACGAGCGGUGUGAAUGCGGUUGCUGCGCUGACACCGACAAGUGAUGCGCUGAGCACGACGAAUCAAGCGACGAGUUCUUCAUCCACAUCUCAUUCACCGUCUGAAAAUACCAACGUCACUUCUGACAUGUCCAGCACCCAUGCCCAACCAGCAGCCUCCACGGCCAGCCCAUCGCCAGCUGCUCUCAAUUGCACCUCUUCAGCGCUCGAAGCGUCGUCGCUGUCCAGCGCCAAGCGUCACCAUUCAACGUCCACUGUAUCCACCACCUCCGGCACCACCACCACAACAACUUCCAUACCAUCCGCAUCAUUCUCACCGCUAUUUGGUGCAUGUACAAACUCAACAACCACUCCAGACUUUUCGCUAAUGUUCUCUGGCUUGCAACAGCAGUUGGCCGCAGCUAACUACAUGCAACAAAUGCAGCGAAUGGCUACAAUCGAGAAUUUGGCCAAGCAGUAUUCAGGCAUUUGGGCUGGAGCCGCAGUGGCAGCCGCACAAUCGUCUCCGGCGUGGCGUGAUCCCGGUUUGUUGAGUGCGUUCCUUUCGAACGGCACCAGUCGCGAUCUGCCGAUCGACAAUACUCUUGCCAAUGCCUUCCAACAAGUUCCAUCCUCCAAGAAAUGA